AUGGCUGAGAAAGCAGAUGUAAUACCAAGAGAUGAAAAGGAGAUCCAAAAUAACAGUGAGGAAGACCCAUUUCCCACUUGUGAUGUUGUAACAGCAUCCCCUGGUUGCCCUGCCAGUCUGUUUUUGGCCAGCCUUAAUGAAGACAAGGGAAGUUCAGUGGUGCCAGAAAGACUGUCUGUCCUCUCUAGCAAGGCUGUGGCCCAAGCAAAAUCCCUUGCUGGCCCAGAUAUCAUCAGUGGCAGCCAGGCACAGAGCAGGGCCUCUGGGUUGGCAAAGUACCAGCUGACAGCUGUAAAUGCACCAGCAGAGGGCUCGUCGUACCCCUUGGCAGUCUGCAAACCUGUGGACAUUACUUUACUGUGCUCCAAAAGCCUCUGCUGCGACUGCAACCAGGAUUUGGAGGUACCACAUCCCCCUGAGGUGUCCAAGGUGGCUGGUGAGCCCCUCGAGGCAGUGAAGAACCUUGGGUGCUGCCACAUGCAGGGUGCCAGCACACAGUAUGCGGGGAGCGGCACUAAGGGCAUUGUGGCCCCUUGCAGUCUGGGCCUGGCCAUUUGGAUGAAGACCACAAAAGUAAUGAAGACUUUAGAAAAUAAGAAAAAGGAAGAAAAGGAGAAGUACCGGCUACAGCUAGCUAUGUACCGAAGACUUCUACUGUUGCGUUCGAUCAGGAGCUUGCACAAACAGCUGGAGCAGCAGCAGGCCAGGUUGCAGGAAUGUUAUGGCAUGGUAAUAAAUACCAAGAAAGAAGUGUUGAAACACAUUCACUCAGCCUCGCCCUCACCUUCUCCAUAAUCAUGUUGCUGCAUGUAGAAAUGAGCUUUGUAAUGCCACUGGAGCAAUC